AGCGCCGGUCAGGCGCGGGAGGAGGAGAAGCGGUGAGAAGGAGCAGCCGCUCACCUGCGGGGCAGGGCGCGGAGGAGGAACCAGGGCUGCGCGCUCUGGAGCCGAGAAGCCGGGACGCGCCCGGAUCCCCGUAAGCGGCCAAGAUCCGAGCCUCCUCUGACCCUCUGCGGAACGAACUCGAGGGGCGCAGUUAUUUGCUUUGACAGAGCUGGCCCCGCGGAGGCGUGGAGAGCGGCAAAAGAGAGAGCCUGCGAACCAGGCUGAGAAACUCGAGCCGGGAACAAAGAGGGGUCGGGCUGUGUAUGUGUGUUGGCUCCAACUCUGGGCAGAAACAUUUGGAACCGAGGCCCCAGUCGUGACUCCCUGAGACCCCGCUGCGCUCUCCACUGUCGUAUCCCAGUGCAAGCCGGCACAAACUUUAUUCUUGGCAAACUUCUUUCUCUUCCCCUCCUACUCCGCCGCCACCUUCUCCUCCUUCUCCAGCAGAUUAAACGUCUCGAGGAGAAAAACCGAAGCGAAAAGGAAGGAAAUAAGAAGCUCUAAAACGGACACCUCCAAUCCGAGUUGCCCUGUCCCGCCCCCCCCCCCUACUUUUUUUUUUAAGCCUCCAGGAAGUGGACAUUGCGUUGUCUUCUGAUUCUCCCUGCGCUUUCUCCUCUGGGGCAAACGGAGUUUUUGGUUUGUUUUGUUUUGCCCACCUCCCCUCUCUUUUCACGGAAAACAAACUCCCAAAUCGGCAUCUCUGGAAGAAACAGUGGAGACGUUUGCGCCGCAGUGCGCUGACCGACCCUCCUCUGUACUUUGGCGAGUCGAUCCCCUGCCAGAACAGGCGUGUUCCGCACACAAGACUCCGGCGACGCGGGGGGCGUGGGGUGGCAGCCCAGGCCCGGGCAGCCUAGGCUAGCGCGCACCACGCAGACGCCCCCAGAGGCGCCGUCAGCCGCGGCUCCCGUCUCAGCCUCGUGCCCUUCGGACUCAGGGGUGGGCGCCGGAGUUGGUCUUUGCAGAGCGGGAAGGCGCGGACUGCCGCCCGGUCUCUUGCGUCGCCGCAGCUUCUCCCGCUGCCGGCUGGCGGCCCGGCACUCGCCGGCCCCGCUUCCGCCCGCUCUCCUCCCUCACGCACCCUUCCAACUCUUCUUUCCCUCCCUCCUCCCUUUUCGUUGACACCCCCCCCCCUUUCCUGCUGUCGCCGCGGGUGCUCCCCCAGCAGAGCGGAGAUUAUACAGAAGUCGGGAUGCCCCAGCUCUCCGGGGGAGGCGGCGGCGGCGGGGGGGACCCGGAACUCUGCGCUACGGACGAAAUGAUCCCCUUCAAGGACGAGGGCGACCCCCAGAAGGAGAAAAUCUUCGCCGAGAUCAGUCACCCCGAAGAGGAAGGAGAUUUAGCCGACAUCAAGUCCUCCUUGGUCAAUGAAUCCGAAAUCAUCCCGGCUAGCAACGGGCACGAGGUGACCAGACAAGCUCAAACCUCUCAGGAGUCCUACCACGACAAGGCCAGAGAACACCCUGAUGAAGGAAAGCAUCCAGAUGGAGACCUCUACAGCAAAGGACCCUCCUACUCGGGUUAUUCCGGGUACAUAAUGAUGCCAAAUAUGAAUAACGACCCAUACAUGUCAAAUGGAUCUCUUUCUCCGCCUAUCCCGAGAACAUCAAAUAAAGUGCCCGUGGUGCAGCCAUCCCAUGCCGUCCAUCCUCUCACCCCCCUCAUCACUUACAGCGACGAGCACUUUUCUCCAGGAUCACACCCGUCACACAUCCCAUCAGAUGUCAACUCCAAACAAGGCAUGUCCAGACAUCCUCCAGCUCCUGAUAUCCCCACCUUUUAUCCCUUGUCUCCUAGUGGCGUUGGACAGAUUACCCCACCUCUGGGCUGGCAAGGUCAGCCUGUAUAUCCCAUCACGGGUGGAUUCAGGCAACCCUACCCAUCCUCACUGUCAGUCGACACUUCCAUGUCCAGGUUUUCCCAUCAUAUGAUUCCUGGUCCUCCUGGUCCCCACACAACUGGCAUCCCUCAUCCAGCUAUUGUAACGCCUCAGGUCAAACAGGAGCAUCCCCACAGUGACAGUGACCUAAUGCACGUGAAGCCUCAGCAUGAACAGAGAAAGGAGCAGGAGCCAAAAAGACCUCACAUUAAGAAACCUCUGAAUGCUUUUAUGUUAUACAUGAAAGAAAUGAGAGCAAAUGUCGUAGCUGAGUGUACUCUCAAGGAAAGUGCAGCUAUCAACCAGAUUCUAGGCAGAAGGUGGCAUGCCCUCUCCCGGGAAGAGCAGGCUAAAUAUUAUGAAUUAGCACGGAAGGAAAGACAGCUACAUAUGCAACUUUACCCAGGCUGGUCUGCCAGAGACAAUUAUGGUAAGAAAAAGAAGAGGAAGAGAGAGAAACUACAGGAAUCUACAUCAGGUACAGGUCCAAGAAUGACAGCUGCCUACAUCUGAAACAUGGUGGAAAACGAAACUCAUUCCCAACGUGCAAAGCCAAGGCAGCAACCCCGGGACCUCUUCUGGAGAUGGAAGCUUGUUGAAAACCUAGACUGUCUCCACAGCUAUUAUAGUCGGCCCCCACGGGGAAAUGACACCAACUUCAUCCCGAGGUCACUGCUUAGAGACACUGAUCCAUAGACAAUCACUGCCAAACCCCCUUUCGUCUCCUGCAAGAGCCAAGUUCCAAAAUCAAACACGAAAAAGGUUUUUAAAAAGUAAAUUAGAAAGCACACAAGAAUGCUAGCAGGCCCUAGGUCAGCUGAGAAGCUGCCCUCCCCCAUCUCUGCCGGGAACUUCUCAGAGCAUCUUGCAACCAUACCUGUAACAUUUUGGCAAGGACAGUAACUUGGCUGCGUUUGCCUGCUGUCAGCAACUGGAGCCAUCCACCAGCACGUCAGUCAGCAUCCCAGCAGAGGAAUUUGUGGAAGAGUUCCCUCUUUGUUUCUGUCCUCCUUUUUCUUUCACUUCCUUUCUCCAAAAGCUUUAUUUAACAGUGCAAAAGGAUCAAUCUUUAUGUUUGCUUCUUGUUUUUUAAACUUGAAUGAAUUUUGCUUCGAUUUACACUUUUUUCAUUUUCAAUUUGUUGUACAUUUUGCUAGCUAUGAGCAUUUAAGUAAGAUUCAAAGAUUCAGAAACAUUUUCAAGAAAAAUGAAAUUAAAAGAAGCCCUCUUUUUCUGAGAGAUCCCUUGUCCCAUAAGUGGCUUCUCUGUGAAGUUUCUGUAACAAGAUAGUGGCCUCUCUGUCUUUGUAAGGCAUUCCUAGAGCUGAAUCAAUGGAACAGCCAAAUCCACUCUGGUGGUAGCAAUGACAGUUCUAUUUUACUUUAUUUUUCUUCUGGUUUCUUUCUCUUUCUUUCUUUCUUUUUUUUAAAGGCAAACCUUAACAGAUACUUCCAGCCGACCAGUUUGCAGUGAAUUUUCAUAUCUUUAAUUCUCACCCCCUUAUUGUAAAAAGCCCAGCACUUGAAUUGUUAUUACUUUAAAUGUUCUGUAUUUGUAUCUGUUUUUAUUAGCCAAUUAGUGGGAUUUUAUGCCAGUUGUUAAAAUAAGCAUCGAUAUACCCAUUUUUUUUUUUAAUAGCAAGGCACAGCCUCUGCCCCAAACUGUCAUCUAACAUUGUCAUUCCAGAUGGAGUUAAACGUGCUGAGCAUUUUUUAAAAGAAGCUUUGUAAUAAAACAUUAAAAAAAA